GCUCCUAAUUUUAGCGCGCUGUUGUGUCUCUGAUGAAAACUCACUUUUCUGUUUCACUCUUGUGAGGGGCAGAGCAGGGGUUUUAGUCAGACCAGGUGCCCACGCCAGUAAAAACAUGUGAGGGAGGGGGGGAGAGGAGGAGGAGUAGGAGGAGAAGGAGGAGGAGGAGCAUCGCUGUGUGUUCACUCUCAAUCUCUCUGUUUCUCUCUCGCUGGCAUUUCAGUUGAAUGUAUUUGAUCGGUUUGGAAGACUGCAGUUUGCAGGAAUUGUUCAGGACUGAAAAGGGAAACGAACCCCAGAGCCGCCUGCAGCUGCAUUAGAACAACCUAGAACUCAACAGUAAAAGGGAACGUUUUAUGUUUUUAUCAAGAGGAACAGAUUUUAAAAAUAAAUAUUUUACAAAUUAUUCCAGAGUGCUCUAGAAUCCAGUCUGGAACAGCGAGGGGAGAGCGGGAGUCUAGAAUACAGGGCAUGGGGGAGUGGACAGUCUAGAACCCUGUCUGGCAAACCACAAAGAAUCAGGGAGCGUGAUAAAAAGCCAACAUUCUCUGUUUUUACCAGUGCAGUGUGAGUGAUUCCCAGUGCAUUCCCAGCACAGUCCCAGUACAGGCUGUGUUUUUCCCAGUAUCUCUGAGUGACUCUGAGUGAUUCCCAGUACAGUGCCAGUAUCUCUCGGUGGUUUCCAGUGCAGUGCCAGUAUCUCUGUGGUUCCAGCGCAGUGUCUCAAUGGCGAGGCUGGGGGGGUGGAAGCGGGUGCAGAGGGGGGUCACGCUGGUCUCAGGGUUCGUGGAGUGCAUUUGCUUCGCCGGCAUCAUCUUCGGGUGGGCGUCCCUUGUCUUCGUUCUCAAGAGUGACGGAUACUUCAGAGAGCUCUGUGUGAAUUCAACCAACACAGCAGAGAAUAAAACAGUUCUAGACUGCAGCACUCAGGAUGAGCGAUUCUCUCUCAUUUUCACCAUCGCCUCCUUCAUGAAUAACUUCAUGUCUCUGCCCAUCGGAUACAUCUUCGACAGAUUCGGCACCAUGACGACCAGGCUACUGGGAAUAUCCUUGUAUACCACUGCUACGCUAAUGAUAGCCUUCUCGUCAGCAGCAUCCUCGCUGUUGCUGUAUCCAGCUCUGUGUCUUUUGGCUGUUGGAGGAAUUUUAUUUCUAGUCACCAACAUCCAGGUUGGGAAUCUGUUUGAAAAGCAUCGCUCCACCAUCAUCACUGUCUACAAUGGAGCAUUCGAUUCAUCAUCUGCAAUGUUCCUGAUCGUGAAGGUGCUGUUUGAGUUUGGUAUCUCUCUCAGAUCGAUGUUCCUGUUCAUCUCAUCCUGCAGUGUGCUGCAUCUGCUCCGGACGUUCCUCCUGCUCCCCCGAAAACACAUCCCGUACCCCCUGCCUGAGAACUUCUCCUACGGAGUGUCUUACAGGACUUCCCAAAGCUUCACACUGACAAGGGAAGGGGGGGAGGGGGCAGCCCCUCGAAACAGAGCCCCCCAAAGGACAACGAAGGCACUGCAGCCAAUGGAGGAGCCGCAGAAAGAGGGUAAUGCUGAGAUCUCUUUCCAAAGCUGCGUUUUCUCCUGGCUCUUCUGGUUCCACCUGCUGUGGCUCUCUGUGAUGCAGCUCCGUCACUAUCUGUUCAUCGGCACCCUGAACUCCAUGCUGAGCAGACUGACCGAGGGGGACCCCCAAAAAAUCAGUCACUACACCAAUGCCUUUGCGCUCACUCAACUUUGUGGGGUUCUCUGCGCCCCCUGGAACGGGCUUAUCAUGGACAGACACAAGAGAGGGGCGCACAGCCAGAGGGAUCCCCAAAAUGGUUCGGAGCAGUUGGCUGACCUGCGCUCCUCGGUCCUGUCUCUCUCUCUGACUGGUUUCCAAUGCGUUCUGUUCUCCGUGUGCGCGGCGGUCCCAGUGCUUCCAGUCCAGUACCUCACCUUCGUCCUGCAGGUGCUGAACCGCUCCUUCUUGUAUGGGGGCAACGCGGCCUUCAUCAUUAUUGCAUUCCCUCCCAGCCACUUUGGGAAGCUGUAUGGUCUGGUGAUGUCAGUGUCUGCAGUUGUGUCUCUGCUCCAGUACCCCUGCUUCGCCCUGGUGAAGGGGCCACUGCAAGGGGACCCCCUAUACGUGAAUGUAGCUCUGAUCGCUGUCACUCUGCUGGCGUUUGUUCAUCCAGUCAACGUGUACCUGCACUGCCGCCGGGAGACCAAGCAAAGAGAGACUGGCGCCCACAACGCCCCCUGUGUGUAGACGCUUCAAAAGUAAUAAACACAGCCACAACACACACUCAGACGCACGCACGCACGCAGACUAGCGUACUCUCCUGACAGAACAACCCAGCGACCCCCAGCUGUGUGCUGCACUGAUGGGAUUGUGGGCUCAGGCAAAAGCACAGCUAUGUUCUAUUGUAAUAUUUAAAUGAAGGAGAGAUAAGGGACCAGAGGACCACAGGGUUACCAGGGACUACCAAGAGUUACCAGAGACUACCAAGAUCUACCAAG